CAGUAGGAGGAGGAAGCAGGACACAGGGGGAACCAGGGGUUCACUUUCUCACUCAUCUCUCUUUUUGUGUUUAAGAAAAGAUGAAGUUGAUUAAAAAAGUUCUUAAAACUUGUGAUUUCAUAGCCAUAGACACAGAGUUCCCGGUUUUUUUUAACGGUUCUGUAAUGAGAAAGAAGACAGAAAGAAGAGAUGCAAUUGAUACGCAAAUGUAUCAUAAUCCCAUUGUAUCAUAUUCAUAAAAGUGAUUUUCGAAAUAACUAUGAACAGUUACCGUACUUAUAAUUUGUUUUAUUAUGUAUAUUAAUUUCAUGUUACUCUAAAUUUAUUUGGAAAUUGGAUUAAAUAGGAUAAAUAUGAUAAUUUUUUUUAGGUAAAUAAUAUAUGUAUCUUGGUGUAUAAUAAUAAGUGUGAGAUUGUAAUGAUAUUCGGUUUACUUAUUGAUCGAGUCUUUUUUUAGUUUUAGUUGCAUAUAUGAUUCUUAUUGAAUUUAUAAAUGGAAUAAACUUACUAUCAAUUAGAUGAUACUAAUGAUAUUUUGGAUACUAAAUAAUUAUAACAGAAAAAAUUGUUAUGAAGUUGUGUAGAUAUAAUUAAAACAUGGAAAAACAUUAUUUGGAGACUAAAUAGAACAACUUUGAAAAAGUGUUUUCUUAAUUUCAUUUGUAACAAAUCAUAAUCAAACUAAUGUAUAUAUAAACUAUACCUUAUAAAUCAAUAAUAAAAUAUGUUCAGUAUGGGUUUGAAUAAUAUAACUUAACUACUUUGCAUAAACUUUAUGAAAAUAUCUAUUGAAGUGUAUACUGGGUAAAACUUACCUAUGCCUUAAAGAAAAUUAUGAAAAAUAUUCUAAAUUAGUGUACCAACAUAUUGUUAAAACAUUUUGGUUAGGAUAAGUUUCUCACAUGUGAAUAUCACAAUGCAAACCACAAUUAAAAUAAGAAAUAUGCUACCGGUUUAUGCAAAUAUGAUUUGGUUAGUUUCACUAAUUGUAUUGUGUUAUAACAUUAUAGUAAUGAUCGUCCAGAACUAGAAGAAAAAAGAAAAUAGGUCAACAAUUCAACUAUUUCGAAAAGGAAAAUCGUACUUACAUUAGUACGUCUAUAUAUAAUAAAGUAAUUUUGACCAUCACUUACUACAUCGUGUUUCUUUGCUUACUAAAAAAUGAGAGAAACAUGAGAGAAUUUUUUGUUCUAAUAGCAAAGAUGAGAUGAUUCUGAUUCGUAAGGUGUUAAAGACUUGUUUUUUUCAUUGCCAUCGAUACAGAUAUUUUGGUACUCUUUUAAGUUUUUUAAAUACAAUUUUUAUUAGUUAAUGAUGGUGAACUGGUGUAUGAUCAAAUUCUUGCGAUGGCUCGACAGUUUGAUCAGGAGAAGAAGAUAGUCUUCCCGAACCUUAUCUACCAGGUCCUGCAGUUUCAGAAGGAACUUCCUGUGAUUUCCAGAGAUGAAGCACCCAUUGGUGAAGGUGUCCACAUUUGGAGCUUGCGAGGAGACUCGUCAGUUCUCAACAACUGUGGACCAAGAGAACGCAGAAGGAUCGAGGGGUAAUGUUUUUGUCGGAACGUUCACUCAUUCAGGGAGAGAACGUGGUUGUGUGUACUUUGCUUCUGUGUUUAUGCUUUUCGAAACUUUUUAAUUCUCGGAUGCAUGGUUCAUAUUUUCACCUGUUGGACCAUUGUGAACAAUCUCGGCUUGUAAUGUUUAAGAGCAUGUCAAAUGUUUAAUUAAUGCCUCUUGCUAAUCUGUGAGCAAUAUAUAUUGUGUGUGUGGUACUUGUGUAUGAUGAUUUUGCAGGUUCAUGAAUGAGUUGAUCGAUGCAGACAAAAAGGGGGAGAUUGUAAGCUUGAGUGUUUUUAAGGAAACAAUAGAAGCUGGUGAGAUACGCAAAAGAUAUGGAGGAGAAAAUAAAGGAAGUGAAGAUUCAAUGUGUUGAGAGAUAUAUAAGGAAGUCAGUCCGUAGUGGUUAAGGUUAGGGCUUUAGAAAGAAAAGUAGCUAGCCGCAAAAGCACAAGGACGAGAGUCCUGUGAUAGCUUGGAGAUCAAGAAACGUGUGUGUUGUCUUGAUUGCGUUGUAGAAAUUGAUCAGUCGAGAUACACGUGUGUGUGUGAUCUCAUAAACCUGAUUGAACAAGACUUGUAAAGUUUGUUCAAGCGAUUUCUAAUAAAGUAUAUGUUGAAAAUGUUCUAACUUCGAGCUUAUCUAAGAUCUUGAUUCAACAACUACAUCUUGUUUCUUUGCUUACUAAAAAAAAGAGAGAAACAAGAGAGAAAUUUUUGUUCUAAUAGCAAAGUUGAGAUGAUUCUGAUUCGUAAUGUGUUAAAGACUUGUUUUUUCAUUGCGAUCGAUACAGAAAUUUCGGUACUCUUUUAAGUUUUUAAUACAAUUUUUAUUAGUUAAUGAUGGUGAAUUGUGAACUUCAAAACUUCAAUUGUAGUACUAUUGAUUUAGAAUCAUGGUAUAUUAGAAAAUGCGAAAAGGUAAUUACGUCAACAAGUCAAUGAGUUUAAAAAGGAAAUUGCUAGAGAAAAGGAAAACCUAAAUUGGCUAAUACAUUACUAAGGUAACGUCCUAUAUCCUUAUAAAUAAUAAUCGUCCAAGUUCACUACAUACAAUUUGUUCUUUGUUUACUAAAUUUGAGAGAGAAAUAUGUCAAACCCUAAACCCAGAGAGAUUUUCUUCACAAAUAUGGAAGAAGAGAUGAAACUGAUUAAGAAAGUUCUAAAAACGUGUGAGUUCAUAGCCAUGGAUACGGAGUUCCCGGGUUGUUUGAAGGAGACUCCUAUAGGCGCUACGGACGAGACUCGAUACAAGAAUUUGAAGUUCAAUGUCGAACGGACAAAACCUAUUCAACUAGGUUUCACUCUGUUUGAACGCGACAGAAGUAUCGGGGGUACGUGGGAGGUUAAUUUCAAGGAUUUUGAUGCGAGAACCGAUGCUUGUAACGAGAAGUCGAUAGAGUUUCUUAGACGCAACGGUCUCAAUUUCAAGAAAAUCAGACAAGAGGGAGUGGGGAACGAAGAGUUUUUCAAAGAGUUCGGUCAGAUUCUCAAAGACGUGGACAAGAAGUUGAAGUGGGUUUCGUUCGACGGUUCGUACGACUUAGCGUAUCUGGUUCAAGGCCUGACCGGAAGAAAACCACUGCCCGAGACUUUAGAAGCUUUUAACAAAACCGUUGAGGAAACUCUAGGGCUUACUUUUGAUGUCAAGAAGAUUGUGGUUGAUUGCAAAGGUGUGUCUGCCCGCUACGGUUUGCAGAGAAUAGCAGACAAUCUUCACAUCAAACGUGUGGGUGAUGCGCACCAUGCCGGUUCCGACAGCGAGCUCACUGCCCGAGUGUUUACUGACUUGAUUUUCAGCAUAUCGAAGGAGCAAAAGAGAGAGCGUGAAGAAGAGAAACAGGAUGAAGAGCGUAUGAAACGUGCUAUGCAUAUUAUGCACGAAGCGGAACAAAAGAGAAAGCGUGAAGAGGAGGAAGAGAAUGAAGAGCGUAUGAAACGUGCUAUGCAUAUUAUGCACGAAGCCGAAGAAGCUUUUGUGAUGGAAAGACGUGGUUAUGAGAAGGUACAGCCAAGAUGUGGUUACUUACCGGUACUGCAUCCACCACCAAGACCGGUUGUGUACCAUCCUUACCCACCACAGUUUGCUGGCUACUUUGUACAGCCACAGCGACACAUUCAUCCAUUGUUUUUACAUUAAAGCAACUAUGUGUAUAAUAUAUUAACAUCUUUCCUGAAAUACAAAUUAUAAUUUCAUCUCAUCUAUGCAUUUUGUGUUCUCAAUUGCUUUAUUUCAACUUCGGAUACAACCAUACUCUUUUAAACACCACAACUAACUGUUAGCUGGAGUUGAAGAACUUGACUUGAUUUGCUAUUACAAUUGGUCUUGUCAGUGUUUGGCUUCCUUUGACUAUUGGGUUGGGACAGUGAUAAGACUCUUAAGAUGGAAAUUAAAGACGAUCUUAUUGCUUAUAGUACCAACCGUAACAAUACCAAGACGAGAAUGCUAUGAACCCUAACACCAAGGUCCUUCAAAUCCAGAGAUAAAACCUCUCUGAACUUGCCUCAAAUGGAGAGACACUCCUCUGAUUUACCUAAAGAUCCCAAUUACAAGAUGAUCUAACUGUCAAGGUAAAGAAGUCUAUUUGUACUCUCUUAACCGUCUUCUUUGUUCAGGUUGCCAGCUCAGCUUCAUUCUAAGAGUCUCCUUGUGCCAGCUCAGCUUCUGUACUCAUCAGACUGUUACAUCUCUGGUAAAUAAAAGAGAGACAAGGUAAGGCCUUUUGAUGGUUUCCAUCUUUAUGUUUGGAUUUCUCUUUCAAGGUGCCCAUCGUUUGUUUGGUCAUCUAAAUAUGUGAUGGCACGAGCUACAUCUGUGCCCCACAAAUAAACAAACUCCAUUGUGACAUAUCUCUCUUCCUCCAAUAUCCAAUCCGAUAACGCAUUUACUGUUUUGUAUUAUAUUAUAAGUAGCUUACAUGGUUGAAAUCCAAUAAUUAAUUCUCUGCUGCCUUGUAUUAUUUGUAGAUAGCUUGUUGGACAGAAUCAAAUGGGACGACAAAGAAUUAGCUGUGACAAUAACACAAACGUUGACACUGGAGCUUUGCUAACAAAGGGGCUCUCUCCACAAACAUCACUUCUCGGAAAUCCACUUUAUAGACAAAGGGAGAGACGUCCAAUAACUUCAUCAUUGUCCUUAAUAGGCACAUGGGCGUUCUGGUUCGGAUCGGAUGCUUCGGAUUUUUGGGUUUUCGGAUGGAUAGGUACAGAACCCGUUUGAGUUAUUCUAUACUUCGGAUCGGGUUCAGGUUUUUAAGGUUCGGGUUCGGGUUAUUUCGGGUAUAACCGAACUGUGUAACAAGUCAUUAAAAAAAAUCCAUGUAUCCUUGAUUUGACCCUGUGAAACCAGAAACAAUACUGUUGAAGUUAAAAAAUUGAACAACUUAAUAUAAGAUUUAUGAUCUUUCUGAUUUGUUAUUAUGUUGAGGAACACGAGCCUGUAUUCUUUUUCUUCGUGUAAUUUCUAUUUGUAUUAUCUGGAAUAGAAAAUGGUAAAGAAUUCAUCUAUCAUAAAUCAAAAUCAAAGAGACAUCAAAAUCAAACAGAAAUCAAACCUGGAUAAUCAUGAAUGUUUGAGCUCAUGCCUGUGUAAAGAGCAAAGAGAAAACAAAUCGCAAAUCCUACUUGUAAUCAAACAUAAAUCAAAAUCGCAAAGUAUAGUGAUUCAUAUAUGUAAUCGGUCAUAAAAUGAGCUUGAGUAUGUACUGAACAUAUACGUUGAAGAAGGAGAAGACGGAAAGAUGAAUGGGAACGGAAGAUGUAAGUUUAGAGUUAGUAAAAAAAAAAAUACUUCGGAUAAUUGGUUCGGGUAUCGGAUAUAACCAAUCGGGUACGGGUAUGCGGACAGAUUGAAUCCUAAACCCAUUCGGUUUUUUUUAACUUCGGUUUGGUUUUCGGUUCGAUUUUUGGGUCGGUUUGGAUUCGGGUUUCGGUUAAUAUGCCCACGCCUAGUCCUUAAUGUUUACAUUGACUGCGAUCGAGAUUCGGUAUGUCUAUCUGGAACCACUAUUAUUAUAAUCUGACUACUACUAUUUAGAUUAACUACUACUCCCUCCGUUU